AAUAAGACAGCAUUGCCGUCUUGCUUGGUGUUGAAUACGCGUAUUGACAGGCUUUUGUAAAAACCAAAAUACCGGGAAAGAUCUCAUAAGCGCUAUUUGGUAUUUUGAAAUCUCUUUAAUCAAAUUCCCUAUCAGUUGAAAAAAAAAAAAAAAAAAUCUCUUUAACUCCACUUGAAAAUGAAACUUUUGCCCAUUUGCACUUGGCUUCAAUGCCUUUUGGUUUUUAUCGUGUGCUUGGGAUCUGAGUGUGGGAUUCCACGGCGAGUUGUAAGGUCUAAAAGAGACCUGGUACGCAUCAGGGAAGCCAGAAGUACCUUCCCAGGAGCUUGUGCCACACGCUUGCCUCGGGGCAAACGCUCACUUCCCCGGAUAGAUCGGCGCUCCCCUCGCCUGUCACGGCCAGGGGAAAGCACCCAUGCGGGUCGGCGGAGGGCUGUUUACUUUACCGGUAGAGGAGACCAACUGCGUCUGAAACCCAAUGCAGAGGUGCCAAGGGGUAAUUUUACUCUGGAAAUGUGGAUAAAACCCGAGGGUGGGCAACGCUCUCCAGCUGUUAUCGGAGGGCUCUAUGAUAAAUGCUUCUACGCCUCCAGUGACAGAGGAUGGUUGGUUGGCAUCAAAGCAGUCAGCGACCAAGCCAACCGUGACCCUCGCUUCUUCUUCUCCCUUAAGACAGACCGAGCCCACAAAGUUACCUUGAUUGCCUCAAACGCCCCCUACAUUCCCAAUCAGUGGUCACAUCUGGCUGUCACCUACAAUGGUCUCUUUAUGAAGCUGUAUGUUAAUGGGGCGCAGGUUGCUGUAAGCCGAGACCAAUCUGGUGAAAUUUUCAGCCCACUUACCAAGAAGUGCAAGGUGCUAAUGAUCAGUGGCAAUGCCUUAAACCACAACUACAGGGGAACAAUGGAACACUUGAGCUUGUGGCAUCGGGCUCUGACCCAACGUGAGAUCAUUAGAUACAUGGGUCAUAGUCACACCCACUCCGACAAUCUUUCUCAGCUAGUGUUGUAUGAAAACUUUGAGAACAUGUCAAGAAAGUGGCUAACAGUGAAAGAUGGCAGCUUCCCCCGGCUGGAGCAUUCGGACCGGAAUCUUGCAGGAGACUCAAGUGGCUCUCUUGAUACUGUACUGAAACCUCCAUCUUGUGGACAGACCGUGUGUGACAAUGUGGAGGUAGUGAUGAACUACUACCAGCUCUGGAGCUUCCGCAAGCCCAAGACAGUGCGUUAUCGAGUGAUAAAUGUUUACGAUGAUGACGGACAGUGGCCAACAGUUACUGAACACCAGAUUAACCUUCAGCACCAGCACUUGAACAAUGCUUUCCGUGUCUACAACAUUACCUGGGAGCACACUGUUCACAAUGUCUACAACUCAUCUUUACGUAACCGCCUGAUAUUGGCCAACUGUGAUAUCAGCAAAGUGGGUGAUGAAGAGUGUGAUCUUGAAUGUAACCACACCCUUACAGGUUUCGAUGCUGGAUACUGUAAGAGGCAGACUACACGCUGCCCUGAAUACAAACAGGGGAAUGGGGUUUGUGACCCAGAGUGUAACUGGGACAAUUUCUAUUAUGAUCAUGGAGACUGCUGCAACCCCAAUAUCACUGAUGUCACUAAGACCUGCUUUAAUCCUGCGUCACCCCUCAGGGCUUAUAUGGACGUAAAAGAGCUGAAAGAGGUUUUGAAUUUGGAUGGAUCCACACACUUGAACAUCUUCUUUGCCAACUCGUCUGAUGAAGAUCUUGCUGGUGUGGCCACUUGGCCCUGGGAUAAAGAAGCCUUAACACAUUUAGGUGGGAUCGUAUUGAACCCUUCAUUUUAUGGCACAUUUGGCCACACUCACACCAUGAUCCAUGAGAUUGGCCACAGUCUUGGACUGUACCAUGUCUUCAGGGGAAUCUCAGAAGUCGAGUCCUGUAAUGAUGCCUGCUUAGAGACUGAGCCUUCCUUAGAGACCGGAGAUCUGUGUGCUGAUACCAACCCCACGCCUAAGUAUAAGUACUGCAGAGACCCUGAGCCUGCCAAUGACACCUGCGGUCGACGGCAUUUCACAAACACUCCCUUCAACAAUUACAUGAGCUAUGCUGAUGAUGACUGCACAGAUUCUUUCACGCUCAACCAGGUGGCCAGAAUGCACUGUUACCUGGAUCUGAUCUACCAGUCCUGGAGACCUGGCAGUAAACCAGCUCCUGUUCCUCUACCUCCUCGAGUAACAGCGCAAGACAAAGAAUCGUUCACACUGGAAUGGUUCCCUGCCCUUACUGGCCAUUACUUUGACAGAGAAGUGGGAUCAGUGUGUGACCGAUGUACUGAAGUUGGGGUGCUCCUGCAGUACGCCUCCAACUCCUCCUCGCCCAGACCCUGCUCCCCCUCCGGCCACUGGAGCCCUCGUGAGGCAGAAGGUCCACCAGAUGUGGAGCAGGCCUGUGAACCAAGCGUCCACACAUGGAGCCCCAAUGCUGGGCUAGACUCUAGUAGUGUUGGCUCAGCAUCUUGCCCACCCCAGGGCUGCAUGCUUCAACUGGAGUUUGCCUAUCCUCUGGUGCCCGACUCCCUCAUGGUUUGGGUCACCUUCUUUUCUUCAGAGGAGACUGGACUGCCUGCAAUCCAUGACAUCCUUCUUCUGACACUCAGUGGUCACAACAUCUCACUGGGUCCACAGUAUGUGUUCUGUGACACACCGUUAACCCUCAAACUAGACGUGAUGGAAGAGGUGUAUGGGGUGCAGUUCUUCACCAUGGAGCAGCACCUGGAAAUUGAUGCUACAUUGCUGUCCUCAAAACCUGACUACCCUCUAUGCCAGACAUGCCAUCCUCUACACUAUAGGCUGAUACGCCAGCCACCACUACUCUUUGACAUUUUUUCACUGUUACAUCUAAAUAAGAUCUUUGUCCCCAUGGACUUAAAGUCUGAUGAGACAUACACCUACCAUGUGCUGACAGUGUCUAGAAGAGCCGAGAGCGAACCAUCUCCUCCAAUCUCUCACCAGCAGGGCUCACCCUACUGUGGGGAUGGACUUAUCCAAAAAUAUCUUGGUGAGCAGUGUGAUGACAUGAACUUUGCUAAUGGAGAUGGCUGCUCAAACCAGUGCAAGAAAGAGCCCUUGUUCAAUUGUGUUGAUGAGCCCAGCUUGUGUUACUUUUACGACGGUGAUGGCGUGUGUGAGGACUUUGAGCGGGAGGCUAGCGUAAGGGACUGCGGUCUCUACACACCGAGCGGUUUUCUGGAUCAGUGGGCCAAUGGAGUGGAGGUUUCCAAUGAGGAGAAGGUACACUGUCCAGCAGAGGUGGCCGCUGGAUAUCCUGCAGUGACAAAGAGCUGUCAGUCGAAGGUGUUUGACCUGUCCCAUGGUGUGUCUCAAUACGCUUGGUUUCCUUGUGAGGAGUCACAACAGCACAGCUGGACUUCACAAUAUUGGCUAAAGGCUCAUUAUGCUCAUCCUAUGGUGGCUGCUGCGGUCAUUAUCCAUCUGGCUGCUGACGGAACUGUUGACAUCGACCAGAGACAGCACAACAUUACAGUUCAACUGGUGGACACUAAAGAGCAAACACAUCCUCUUGGGGACUGGAGGCUGAGUUGCCGGAACAAUCCACUAGUUAUUCCUGUGAGUCACGACCUGAGCACGGCCUUCUACAGGACAAAGGCCAUCAUAGUAAGCUUCGCCUCUCCUCUGGUGGCCAUCUCAGGUGUAGGGCUGCGCUCCUUCCAAUAUUUUGACCCCAUCACGAUUAGCAGCUGCCAGAGCAAUGAAAUCUACAACCCUAUGGGCCAAAGUUGUGUUCACUACUCGUGUGAUGCCCUCGAGUGUCAGAAGCUAAUGCUCAACAAUGCUGAGAUGAAGUGCAGUAGUCCUGGAUACUUCAAUGGAGUGCGCUGCACUAUCACCUGCAACCGAGGAUAUAUACUGAAAAUCCAUCGAGAUGAUGACAUCAUCAAAACACAGUCUGAAUCUACGGUGACCCUCACCUGUGCAGAUGGAAAAUGGAACAAGCAGGUGACCUGUGAACCUGUGGACUGUGGGCGGCCCGACAAGUACCACGUGCACCCGGCUGUCUUUGAGUUCUCUGAGGGCACCACCUACGGCAAGAAAUGCACUUUCCAGUGCCGUGAGCCGGCUCAGCUCAUGGGCAGUAAUAAUGUAUUAACAUGUAUGGAGGAUGGGAUGUGGUCCUUCCCUGAGGCUCUGUGUGAGCUUCGUUGUCCAAUCCCUCCUCCUGUACCCAAUGCAGUCCUGCAGACCAAACGCUGCAAUGCUACAGGUCUCAAAGUUGGUUCCUUCUGCAAGUACAAGUGCAAGCCUGGCUACCAUGUGCCCCACACAGACAAGCCCAAGAGGCGUGCAUUAAAGAGGCAGUGUACUGAGGAUGGAACCUGGCAACCCGGUGAGUGUGUGGCAGUCACAUGUGAGCCACCUCCUCCCAUUUUCCACGGUACCUACAAGUGCACAAACGGCUUUCAGUUCAACAGCGACUGCUGGAUCAACUGCAACAGGGCGAGCCACACGGUUCCCACCACCAAUGUGAUCCGAUGUAGAAAGGAUGGGAACUGGACUGGCUCAUUCCAUCUCUGCCCCAACCUGAAAGGCCAGUGUUCCCUCCCACAGAACCUCAGCCCAACCAUCCAUCUCAGCUGCAAGAAUGGCCACGGCAUAGGAGAGGAGUGUGAGGUGGCUUGCCGAGAUACUAGCAGCAGUGUGGUCCUCUUUCCCAGCAACAUGACCGUUGAAACUGUGAUGAAAGACCACUCGUGGAACCCACCCAAAGUUAAGAAUAUUGUAUGCACCAUGGGACUAAAGUGGUACCCCAACCCAGAGGCACUUCAUUGCAUCAAGGGAUGUGAGCCCUUCAUGGGGGAUAAUUACUGCGAUGCCAUCAACAACCGAGCAUUCUGCAACUAUGAUGGUGGAGAUUGCUGUCAUUCUACUGUUAAAACUAAAAAGGUGAUUCCAUUCCCUAUGUCAUGUGAUAUUCGAGAAGACUGUGCAUGUCGAGACCCCGAUGCCCAGGAGAACAACAAAGGAGUCCACCACCGGUCCAUUGGCUGAGCUUCAUACCCCCUG